UCUUAUGACCCGUCAUCCUACUUGUCAAACGAAAAAAGGGGGCAAAAAGUGGACAAGCGUAAGUCACCUAACGACCCCAAAAGCACGAACCGUCGUCAAUAUUUAACGAGGCGGCUCAUACAUUAACUGACAAAAAGUCAAAUACAUUAACAACCAGAAGACGACAAGAGGAACAAAUACUACUGUAGUAGUGGAAGCAGCAGCAGUACUAGUGAGUAGUAGUAGUAGUUAGCAUUGGGUCGGCGUCAUGUUGAGUUUCGGGGCCCGAAGUAUCUCGUCUCGCUGGUUGACAAAAUCAGGGCUCCUUGGUCGCGGAGGCUCCAGGCAGAGCGGGGCUCGCAGCUGGAGCUCAGCCGGCGUCCGGCUCGACCUGAGCGGCGUGUACCCUCCCAUUGCGACCCCCUUCACGGAGCGAGAAGACGUCGACUAUGACAAGUUGGAGCACAACCUGCAAAAGUAUGCGCAGAUUCCCUUCAAAGGUCUGGUGGUGCAGGGCUCCAAUGGCGAGUACCCUUACUUGACAGAGGAGGAGCGCGUAGAGGUGGUGAAGACAGUCCGCCGCUCGAUGGCCGCCAACAAGCUGCUCAUCGCCGGGUCUGGCUGCGAGUCCACGAGAGCAACGUUGGAGCUAACAUCCAAAAUGUCAGCAGCGGGUGCAGACGCCGUCCUGGUGGUGACGCCGUGCUUCUACAAAGGCAAGAUGGACACCACCGCUCUUGUCCAGCACUUUACAAAGGUUGCUGACAACAGCGAAGUUCCAGUGAUUUUGUACAGCGUCCCGGCCAACACAGGCCUGGAGCUGCCUGUGGACGCUGUCGUGCGUCUGGCCCAACAUCCAAACAUCGCAGGACUCAAAGACAGCGGCGGAGAUAUCACCAGGAUAGGCCUGAUGGUCCACAAAACCAAAGAUCUGGACUUCCAAGUUCUGGCAGGCUCUGCCGGCUUUCUUAUGGCUGCCUACUGUGUCGGUGCGGUGGGUGGAGUCUGCGCGUUGGCUAACGUUCUGGGUGAGCCGGUGUGUAAUUUGGAGCGUUUGUGCAUAUCGGGUCGCUGGGAUGAAGCCCGGGAGCUGCAGCAGCGACUCAUUGAACCCAAUGCUGCUGUAACUAGAAAGCUGGGUGUGCCCGCCCUCAAGCAGGCCAUGGAGUGGUUCGGCUUCCACGGUGGCGUGUGUCGUUCGCCUCUUCGACCGCUUGACCAGGAGCAGACGCAACAACUCAGACGAGACUUCGCCUCCAACGGAUGGCUCUGAAUGUGCACGGGUGUGUUUAUUUAAUGCAUAAGCACAUUUAAAUUCAUACAUAUCUCUAAAUAUUUUGAAAAUAGAUAUUUUAGCAUUAAUUUUAAUUGCGAAUAUUAAGUUUUUUAAUCCAAUAGUUCAUAUUUCCUAAACCAACUUGUAUUAAUUGGCAAUCAAAAAUAUUUGAAAGCAUUUACUUUGAUGAACCAUGUUAAGUACUCCCAGCCAAUCAGAGACCACAAUUAUAUAUUUAAAAUGUAAAUGUUACUUUUUUUUUUUUUUUUUAAAAAAAGGUUUUUGAUUGUAUUGAUUGUGUCUAUUUUAUUUCAGUUUUUUAUAUUUAUGAUGUGAUUGUUUUGGGAUUUAAAAAUGAAUGUAGUACCGCAUAGAACAUGUGCGUCAAACUAAUUUUUGUUACGGGCCAUAUCGUUAUGGUUUCAGAUGGAUAUUAUGACUGGAUACAUAUAGAUGAAGGAAUGGAUUAUUGCUAAUCCAAAAAUAAUAAUAAUUGGUUUUGUGAUUUGAAGCCACUAAAUACUUUGUUCGACAACUAUUAAAUUUUAUAAGCGGGAUUGGUAACUCACCUCUUAAAGCAACAUUUGAUAACUUUUCAGUUUUGGUCGAUUUUAGCAACGUCGGUGGACAAAAGCGGUAGUGUUUUGCCUUGCUGAAAACUGCAUUUCCAAUGAGGACCAGUGCUGGUCACCUGCUAAUGGAUUAAACGACAUUUCUGUUUCCAUCGGCUGUAAAGGAUGAAUAAUAAUGAGGUAAUGAAUCCAGUUGUGGCUAAACAAUAGCAUACAAUGGUUAGCAACCGUGUGGCUAACCACCUCCCUACCCGAACUUAUCAGUGUUGGUUGGGGGGGGACCCCACGCCAGCGAGUGAAAGCCGGGCCAAUGUUUAUUCUUGAGUGUCCUUUUAUCCUUUUUUUUCCUCCUCAGACAAAACUUUUUGCCUCUUUCGUUGCUCUGCCAUCUUUGCAGAUUUCGUGCGAAAGCGUUCGCAUCGACACCUGCCUUUAUAAUGAAUGGGAAAAGGGGGAAGUCACGUAUGCCGUAAAGCAGUCAGCACAUUUGUAGUUUUUUUGUGUGGCAGAGUUCCUGCCACCCUCCUCAAAGUUAAUGAAUGCCGGUGAAAGAGAUACAAAGCUCCUCAAGAUAUAAGAGAGGUAUAAUUCAACUAGUUGUCAGUCGACAUAUCAUUACAAAUAGGGUUGUUCUGAUCAUGUUUUUUUGCUCCCGAUCCGAUCGUUUUGAGUAUCUGCCGAUCCCGAUAUUUCCCUAUCUAAUUGCUUUUUUUUUUUUGCUCCCGAUUCAAUUCCAAUCAUUCCUGAUAAUUUUUCCCGAUCAUAUACAUUUUGGCAAUGCAUUAAGAAAAAAAUGAAUAAAACCCGGACGAAUAUAUACAUUCAACAUACAGCACAGAAGUACUGUAUUUGUUUAUUAUGACAAUAAAUCCUCAAGAUGGCAUUUACAUUAUUAACAUUCUUUCUGUGAGAGGGAUCCACGGAUAGAAAGACUUGUAAUUCUUAAAGGAUAAAUGUGACUUUGUAUAUUGUGACUAAAUAUUGUCAUCUAGUGUAUUUGUUGAGCUUUCAGUAAAUGAUACUGCAGCCAUUCAACCCAAAUGCAUGAUGGGAAGUGCAACCAUGACUGUGCGUAGGGGCACCAAUUAAUAUAUCUUCUCUGCGUUGGGAAAGAGCAUAGGGUGUUAAGAAAAUGAUCAAGUACAACCUUUCUUCCCCACAUUACCUCCCACAUUAAUUUUAAUUAAUGAGAGAGGGAAUGUAAGGCUUUAGUCAAAAAGAAAAAGGCUCCAAAGGCUGUCAAAAUUCUCUCUACUCAUUAUACGCUGCGUUUAGCUCUAUAUAUUGGUAAAACGGCGCCUUUAUAGCUUGAACGCGACAAUGCGUGAGUGGGUCGUGCAGUGCAUGCGUUAAUUAUUUAACGUGAUUAAAAAAAUAAUUACCGCCGUUAACGCAAUAAAUUUGAUAGCCCUACUUUAAGCCAAAACUACUCUGGAUGAGUGUAAGACAUUCUGUCUGUAACGUUAUAUACAAUUAGAAAACGAUUUAAAUUAAAAAAAUAUACAGUUGGGAGAACAAGUAUU